AUGUCUCUGUCGAUUGCCUCGGUAACCUUUGAGCACCACCGCUCAGCCCUGGGGAUUGGGGAACCGUCUCCGAGGAUUUCCUGGCGGUUCGAUGGUACCGUUUCGAACUGGACGCAAUCUGCUUAUGAGCUCGAGAUACAAAGAGCCGGCGAAGCGAGCACCUUCCGCGUCAACUCGUCCGACUCUGUCCUGGUGCCUUGGCCCGCCGACCCCCUGCAAUCCGGUGAAGAGGCAACCGUUCGAGUUCGAGCAUUCGGACACUCAAACCAACCUGGCUCGUCUUGGUCAGAGCCUGUUACGGUGGAACCCGGUCUGCUAAGUGCAGAUGACUGGCAAGGUGCUGUGGCUAUUGUCUCUGAUCGCGAGACGGAGGUCAAUGCGACGCAUCGACCGAUCUACUUUAGAAAAGACUUUGACGUUGAUGAGGAGAUUCUCUCUGCGAGACUCUACAUCACCGCGUUAGGUGUUUAUGAAGCCGAAAUCAAUGGUCAAGCUGUUGGCGACCAUGUUCUCGCGCCCGGAUGGCAGUCAUACACGCAUCGACACGAGUACAACACCUACGACGUCACAGACCUGUUGCAAGCCGGCGAUAAUGCGAUCGGAGUCACGGUCGGCGAGGGCUGGUAUGCCGGCGCGUUGAGCUGGAACAUGAUACGGAACAUAUACGGCGACACCCUGGGCUUUCUGUCGCUACUUUCUAUAACCACCGCCAAUGGCGAGACAAUCUACAUACCCAGCGACUCGACGUGGACGUCGUCUACCGGCCCUAUUGUUGCAUCGGAGAUCUACAACGGCGAGACGUACGAUUCGACUCAGGAAAUUGAGGGCUGGUCCGAGCCGGGCUUUGAUGCGUCCGACUGGCUAGGUACGCACGAGGUUGAGUUUGAUAAGAGCGUCCUUGCUGCUCCGGAUGCACCUCCUGUCCGACGGAUUGAAGAGCGCAAGCUGGAGAAUGUCUUCAAGAGUGCUUCAGGCAAGACAGUGCUGGACUUCGGACAGAACCUCGUUGGCUGGUUGCGUGUUCGAGUCAAAGGCCCACAGGGAAGCACGGUCAGCUUCCUUCAUACCGAGGUAAUGGAAAACGGCGAAGUCGCAACGCGUCCCCUCCGCAACGCCAAAGCAACAGACAACCUGACUCUCUCCGGGGACGACCAGGAAUGGGAGCCCUCCUUUACCUUUCACGGCUUCCGAUUCGUGCAAGUCACUGGAUGGCCUGAGGAGACCGAACUGGACGCCGACUCGGUAACAGCCAUCGUGAUAAACAGCGACAUGGAGCAGACCGGGUUCUUCAACUGCUCGAAUCCCUUGCUCAACAAGCUGCACGAGAACAUCAUCUGGUCGAUGCGCGGAAACUUCUUCUCUAUUCCAACGGACUGUCCCCAGCGUGACGAAAGGUUAGGCUGGACGGGCGAUAUCAACGCCUUCGCACGCACUGCCAACUUCAUCUAUGAUACCGCGGGCUUUCUCCGCGGGUGGUUGAAGGAUGUACACUCCGAGCAGCUAGAGAAUAACUACGCACCCCCCUUCGUAAUCCCCAACGUCCUGGCGGGCUGGGGCAGCGCGGCCUCCAUCUGGGGCGACGCAAUAGUCGGCGUCCCUUGGGCGCUAUUCCAAACCUACGGCGACAAGGGCAUGCUGGCAGAGCAGUACGCUGGGGCACAACUCUGGCUGGACAAGGGCAUCCUGCGCAACGAAGCCGGGCUCUGGAACCGCUCGUCGUUCCAGUUUGCAGACUGGCUCGACCCCCUUGCGCCGCCUGACAGCCCGGGAGAUGCCACAACAAACAAGUACCUUGUGUCAGACGCGUACUUGAUUCACAGUACCGAAAUGGUGGCGAAUAUCUCGGCUUAUCUGGAAUACAGCGAAGAGGCCGAAAAAUACGCCGCUGAUCGGGUGAACCUCACACGGGCGUUCCAGAGAGCUUGGAUCUCGAAUAAUGGCACAGUCGCAAAUGAGACGCAGACUGGGCUGACACUACCGCUGUACUUCAAACUAUUUGCGCAGCCAUCGCACUACACGGCGGCUGCAUCGCGCCUCGUGGAUAUCAUCGAGGAAAACGACUACAAAGUCGGCACCGGCUUUGCAGGAACGCAUCUCCUCGGCCACACACUAUCGCAGUACAACGCCUCAAGCACAUUCUACAACACUCUCCUGCAAGAAGACGUGCCCGGCUGGCUGUUCCAAGUCCUCAUGAACGGGACAACAACCUGGGAGCGCUGGGAUAGCAUCCUCGCCAACGGGAGCGUCAACCCCGGUGAGAUGACAAGCUUCAACCACUACGCCGUUGGAAGUGUGGGCGCAUGGAUGCACGAGAAUAUCGGCGGGUUGAAGCCGCUCACGCCCGGAUGGAAGCGCUUUGCGGUCGAUGUCAGGGUUGGUGGGGAUCUCACCAGUGCGAACGAGAGGUUUGUUAGUCCGUAUGGCGUUGUGGAGAGUAGUUGGAGGGUGGAGAAUGGGCUGUUUAGGUUGGCUGUGAGAGUGCCGCCGAAUAGUGAGGCCGUUGUGACUCUCCCUGGGAUGACAAGAAGUGGGAGGAAGCAGGUCACUGUUGGGUCUGGGGUGCAUCGGUUUGAGAGUUCGCUGGGUUAA